AUUCGCGAUACGACACGACACGAUACGACAGACCAAGGCCCAAUGCACCUGUGCACGUUUCCAUAGAGCUUCGGGACCCGCAACGGCAACGUAACGCGCACCACGCGACCGCGGCUACGCAUCCUUUGCCGCACGCAGCCCUUUUCUCACAUAUUACUUACUCUCCUUUUUUUGCUUCUUCUUCUUCUUCUGCUUUCCUUGACCAAAGGUCAGGAAUUUACUGGAUACGGUGAAGAGAAAGAGAAGAUGCCAUCUGUUACGCAAUGGCAGGGCACACCGUCAGUCAAGGGCUCGACUGACGGCAUACGUAUGGGGUUGCUGACGGCAUCCCUCAUCGGGGUCCAAUUCACAUGGAACGUAGAAAUGACGUAUUGCACGCCGUACCUCCUCGAACUCGGCCUCACAAAGUCGCAAAUCUCGCUCGUAUGGGUCGCAGGCCCCUUGUCUGGCCUCAUCAUGCAGCCCAUUGUCGGCGUCAUCGCCGAUCGAUCUACCUCGCGCUGGGGCCGCCGCCGCCCGUUUAUGUUUUUCGGGACAAUACUGGUGGCCAUGUUCUUGCUGUUGCUGGGGCGGACAAAAGAGGUGGUGCGGUACUUUGUUGCCGACGAGGCGGCGGCCAAGAGCGCAACCAUAUACCUGGCCGUGUUCAGUAUAUACGGCAUAGACUUUGCUAUCAAUGCGGUGCAGGGGAGUUGCAGAGGCCUGGUGGUGGAUACACUGCCAAUGGAGAAGCAGCAGAUGGGCGGUAGUUGGGCGAGUAGGAUGGUCGCAGUGGGUAACUUGUGUGGGUAUGCGGCGGGGGCGGUCGACUUGAGGAGUAUAUUUGGUCUCGGGCUGGGCGAUACGCAGUUCAAGCAGCUGACCAGUGUCGCCGCGUUGAUGCUUUGUCUUGCCGUCGGAACAACCAGCUGGGCGGUUACGGAGAGAGUGCUGAUCAGCGAUGGGUCGGCUGAGGGCCAGGGCUUGAAUAUCAAGCAGGUGCUCGGUACCAUUGCGCAUACUGCGCUGAACCUGCCAGGCCGUAUACAGGCCAUUUGCACGGUGCAAUUCUGGGCGUGGAUUGGGUGGUUUUUCUUCAUGUUCUACUCGUCCACGUUUUUAAGUGAGACGUAUCUGAGAUACGACGCACCGCCCAGCGUCAAGGCAGGCGGCGACCUGACGGGCAAGAUGGGGCGCAUUGGGUCCAUGGCUCUCAUUUCCUUUUCUAUCAUCACCUUCGUAAUGUCUGUCCUGCUGCCCUUCUUUGUCAGAAGCCCAGAGGAAGAUGAAAAGGACCCUGGCUUCUCGCGUCCACCAGCCGGCAAGUCGGGCGGAAGUGGAUGGGCAAAGUAUAAACCAAGUCUGCUAACAGCGUGGAUGACUGCACACUGCAUCUUUGCGGGCAAUAUGAUGAUGGCGCCUUUUGUGAGGAGUCUGAGGUCCGCGACUAUCAUGAUUGCUUCGUGUGGGGUUUCGUGGGCCGUGGCUUCGUGGGCGCCGUUUGCACUUCUUGGUGUAGAAAUCAACCGACUGAACAGGGCGACUUCGCACUCGACGCACCCAAAGCGCGCUUCGCUCGAUCUCGACAACAUGGAAAAGGCAAAGGCUGGCAGUGGAUCCAGCGGAGGAGCCAGCUCAGGCCAAUACCUGGGCAUCAUGAACCUAUUUACCACACUCCCGCAGUUUGUGGCGACGGGCAUAUCAUUCGUCAUCUUCUCCAUCUUGGAGCCUGGCAAGACUGCCGAAUUGGGCCAAGGGCCGCCCGCAACGCAUCCCAGCACGGAUGGGCCCAAUGCAAUUGCUGUUUGCUGGUUUAUAGGCGCAUGGACGGCAUGUAUUGCUGCAUUAGCUACGCGGAGACUGAGAUUGUAA